CUGUUUUAUUCUUAUCUGAUGCUGAAUUCUUGUUCUCAGUGGAAUAAAAAAUUUAGUCCCAAACUACAAAACGAUUUUUAAAACAUUUUGCAUUGCUGCAGUUUUCAUUAAUGUUUUUUUAACACACAUUGUUUCUUGGAUUUCCUUGUUGAGUCCACUAAGUGAAUUACCAGGUAAAUAUCCAAUAAAAAGAAUUGAAAAUAUCAGCAUUCAUAAAAAGCGUUGUAGUUACCAAACCUGACAAGCUCAAAAGAAAAUGAUAGUUUUGCUCAUUAAGUAGUCAAUUAGUAAAGUGUUAAUACAUAAGCACAGUAUUUCACAAAAUUAAUAUUAUAAAAAAACUUUUAAUGCCACAAUGAAAUUAAAUCAAACCUCUUUCUAUUCUCAUGCCAUUUGUUACUGGGUAUUUAUGUUUAGAAAAAACAAAAUGAAAUUCCAAUUCAAGGUCAACCACAAUUAGCUUUAAUGUGUAUGUAAUAUACCAGAAUGGAGUAUGAAAUACCCUGGGUUCAAUUUAACCUACAGUAUAUAGAUGCUGUAUUUUAUUACUGGACUAUAAACAGAAAAUGGAAGGUUUAUAGGUCUCUUGUUAAAUUGACGGAAAAUAAAGUUUAAUUAAAAAAACCUUCAUGGAGACUAUUGUGGAUGAGAUUAAAAGAUGUGUUUGUUUGGAUGUCAACUUAGAGGAGAAAGUAGACAUAAAGAAUCAAUUGUUACACUAUUGCAAAGAUUGUUGAAAUCACUAGAGCAUGUCAACGAUCGUCUCGUGGUUAAAAGAAUCGUGCCCUGUGGAAGUAUGGAGGAAGGAACUAGAAACUGGAAAUUUUCUAAACACAACAGGGAGCCCAUUAUUGAGUUUGAUUUCUUAGCAGUGCUGAAUGAUCCGACUGAUACAAAAUUAUCAUUGACUGAACACUGCAGUGGAUAUAUGGCUAUUAUGUAUGAAAAUGACAAGUUCUUAACUUAUUGUUUUAACAAAUCAGAAACUGGUCUACGAGCUGAUAGAAUUUCUUUUUCUUUUAGCUAUGACUUAAUGAAAUCUGUAAACUUCAUGUGUAAAUGUUUUCAGUUUGAUGACAAAUUAAAAUAUCUUCAGAAAGAUGAAUGUUGCAAAUAUGUUGUUCAAGGAACUGUGUACAAAGUUGGACCUGGCUGUGAAAUUUGUACAGACCACAAACCCUCAGGGUACAUGCAGAUAGCCACUGGCAAUGAUGUGGGGUCUCCCUAUUACAAUGACUGUACUCUGGUAUUUAAAUGGACAAGUAAAUCUCAAUCCCUUUUAGUCCCAGACCCAGAAAAUUAUAGUGUAAAAAGAACUCAAGAUAAUCUAUAUGUUUUAGUAGAUUUUUUACCAGCUAUUGAGUUAUUUAAAGAGAACAGGUCAGCCUGUAAGAAUUCCUCCGAUCUCCAAAUUUCAAAACUGGACCAUGAAUGCUAUUUGGUGCCUAAAAUAUGUAAACAAGGACAUAGGACAUGUUGGAAAAAAUCAGACUGUGAAAUAGAAGUUAAGAUUUUAAAGAACUCAUCCUCUAGCCAUUGUGUUGCCUAUAUGGUUUUAAAAUUCCUAUGUGACAAACUAUUUUCUGGAUUCAUUGAAGAUGGCAGCCUUCCGACAACAUACAGAAUUAAAACUGUUGUUUUACAUCACAUUCAGAACUGUGAGACAUGUGAAGUGGUAACAUGUAUUAAAAAACUUCUACACAAUAUGGCAUCAAGUUUUUCCCAUCAGUCUCUGUCACAUUUCGUCAAUGGAUCCAACUUGCUAGCAGCAAAUACAAAGGAAAAGCUACCAUCACAAAAUAAGACUUGGCACAAAAAUAGGUGCUUAGUUGUAGCAGAAUGUUUUUAUUUCAUUCAAAAACUAGCUGAAAACUGUAGUAAAGAAUCGAGUACCAUAAGCAGACUCUCACUGCAAACUUUAAUAGGAUUGUUUAAAUGUAUCAGUAGAACAUUUCACCUAGCAUGGUCACAGACAGAAGUUGAAACAACUUUUUUAGUGAAUCAGGAAGAGCUAUUAUUUCUCUUUGAAAAGACAUUGAAUAAAGUACAGAGUUUAGAUCAGAGAAGUGCAACAACAUUUAUAGAUAAACUUGCAUGUGACUACAACUUUUCCUCUUUAAUUGUAAAGCAAAGUUCCCCUGAAAUUCACUGGACAGCUCACCUAAAGGUUUGGGAGUACGAGAGUGUACGGGAAAUGUAUCAAAAGCAUCACUUUGAGUGCCCAGAUCCUCCAGGCAUGAAUUCCACUACACCUGAUGAAAAAAUUCUUUCUAAAGCCCAGAGGUUCUGUGGCUUCCACUCCUGGUCAUAUAAGGAACAAGAGAAAUGGAAGGCCAAGUUAGCAAAUAGCAAAGAUCCAGACAAUAUUGUAACUGCUCUGAAAGCUGUGGACAUUUAUUAUGUUGAUGAGGAGAAAGUCAAACCAGGGGAGAUUACUGAGGAACUGUUUAAAUGACCGUCAGAUACCUAUUUAACAUAAAAAUUAAUGCCAACAAAAAUUUCUUCAUCCAUUUUCUUCAAACAUGCAAUUUUUAAAAAUCAGUUUUAUUAAUCACCAGUAAAUCCAUUCAUCUAAUAUGAUGUGCUAAAUGUUGUAAAUUUUUACAUUGAUAUGGUAAACAAAGGUGUGUCAAAUCUCUUCAAGGAUGGGGUAUUUCCCCCAUAAUAAUAGCAAUUCAUUGAUAUGUGCUGGAAAAGAUAUUUUAAUGCUUAUAGUUGAUAUUUUAAACCAGGAUAUCCCUCUUCAUAUAUCUCCAAAUUUCCCCACGUUUUUCAAAUAGAUUAAUUUAAUCCUGAGUUUUAUUUCUAUUCUUGAAUUACUGUAUCAUGAUUUUAUACCCUGUAAUACUUCAUGAUUUUUGUACCAAUUUAAAUAUAUUGUUUUUAAACAUAAUGCAAUGAAUGAUGACUACAUGUAUCAGUAAAGUUUUCAUAAAAAGGUUGCUUUAUGUCCAUGAGGGGUGAUUAAAAAAAGUUGAAAAUGAUGCUAUAAACAAAAGCUAUUCUGUCAAUGGCAUAUAAAUUUAUAAGGAUAUAUAUUAUACAUAUUCUCUACUCUAUAUAUUUCACCUCUGUGCAAACUACACUUCUUGAAUGUUAUUCAACAUUAUGACACAAGGCAAUAGCAUUUGAGGUCUCCAAAGUAUUUUACUAUGGCUGCAAUCAAUUUUUGAUAUUUCAAAAACAAUGAAAAAAAAAACCCACUCCUAAUCAUACAAAACAAAACCUGAGGUUUGUUUUGUGUCUGGAAACAUUGUGAAAAAGGUUUUGAAGUAAUUAUUCCUGCAGUGUAAAUUUGUUCUCUACCUCAUAAACAGCUAUAGUAUAACAUAUGAAUCCAUUCUUUCUUCAUCAAAUAUACUUUCUCUACCCUCGUAGCUUUUAUGCCAUUUGAAAGUUAGAAUUUAGGACCCUCAGAGUAAUUCAGCAGCUUCAGAAAAUUAAAAACUUUUUUCUGUAUUUUUUCUGUUUUUCACCUGGGUUUUUUUUUCUGUGUAUAUUUCUAAAUUUUUGAAUAUUAAAACAUAUAUUGUAUAUAUAUAUUAUAAUAUAUAUUGU